CGACGCCAGGCCCCGGAGUACACUAGGGAGACGGGAAGCUCCGGCCAUGGCCGCGUCUGAUGACCGACAGACAGAGGCCGUCCAGUCUCCGGCCGAUGAAAAAUGGGUCUUCCUGCAAGACGGCGGAUAUGGAGCCAAGGAACUUCUGCUAGAGGAGCAAGAUGGCGAUGCGAGAGGCGCAAAGGAGUUCUUACGGUGGUGUCGCUCGGCGUGGAACGACGUUCCCGUCCGUAACGACAUUUGGGAUGACGUGCGUCCAUAUAUCCUCGGCAUCACCGUCUCUGUGAAUACUGUCUUACAACUGCUUGCAGCAUUCGCAUCAUCGGCCGAAUGUGAGAUUAUACACGCAAUACUGACCUUUCUCGGGAACUUCACCAUGGCGGUACUGUGCCCUGCCGUAUAUUCCUACGCCACACGAUUUCUCUGUCUGUUGGCGGGCAAGGCGAGUGUGGUGAAAAAAGUGGAGGUGAACGUUCUGCUGUUCUGCCUUCUGGGGACCAACGCUGUGAUCCUAGUGGCCGGUUGCUUUGCUUGGAUUUACGAGGUGUGCAUGGGCCUGGCGGUUUCCGCGAAGGCAUGGCGGCAGGUGUGGUACCUGCGGCUGCCUGUGUCCGUGUUCCGAUUGGCCGCAUUUUUUGGGGCAAUAGUGUCUUUCCCUGCACUGGUGGCCCUAAUGAAGACCGAUGUCGUCGCCACGUUUCACACUUUUGAGCUCCACUGGCGAGAGACGGAGGAGGCCAGGAAAGUCUUCACUAAGCGAUGGCUGCAUCCACUGAAACCCGCACUGCUGGGAGCGCUCAUCGCUGUCGUCUGCUUCUUCAUGAUUAUCGGGAUCGUCCUGAUCCUUGUCGUGUUUGGAGUUAUUCCCGACCUCGAUGCUCAGGCAGCAAGCCGUGGCAUCUAGGAAAUAGGACACUGCUUCAGCAUUCCGGUGAAGAGUUGACUGGAGACCACGUUAUUUGAAGACCCACUUCCAAAUUCUACAACGCUAGGCCAGCUGUCCUUUUUUUCCCGCAACCUUCGAAAUUUGUACCGUCACACAUUCUUCAUCUUGGACCUGCCACUGCCUUCGACUCCAUCUGGAUCAUCUAUCUGGACUCGUAAGGGUGUUGAGCUCCAAAAAGUGGAGUUCACUCACCGAAACCCUGCGUUGGCUGUGGUUCCCACUGCUGACAGCAGAGGAUUCCGUUUUCGCGCUGCCUCAGCACGCGAAUACUUCUCGGACUUGCACGAAAUUUUUUUUACUGUACUUUACAAGAAAUCGUUCUUUGCAGAACAACCACUUUCUUUUUUAUGAUACAACACUAUAACCUCUGAUUGGGGUUGUGUGGCCCGAAAUUCUAAUUUUGUAAGAAUAACUUGGAGGGCACUUGAGCUGCGCUUUCAAAAGUAGAACGCGGUAGCGUAAUUGAACCGUUCUAGCAUCGCCUUCCCAAUCGAUAGUCUGGCUUUGCCUCUCGGUGGACACCUAAACAGUGCCGCAAGGCAAGCCAAAGUGCGGACGCCCUCCGGGUCCUAUAUCCAUGCAUACGGUGCGACGAAACACAGCCACACGACGGGGCGAUGCCGUUUAAAAACGCGCCUGUGGGCCCUUUGCGCCAUCUCACAGGGGAUAGCCAAGCUGCUGAAGAACCUCCGAGAUGUGCGCACCAUCAACGCUAAAUGGUGUCUAUAAUAGCUCGUCAUUAGUACGCUAGAUGAUGUAUGCGUGGU